CUUCAUAUUUGACACAAAGAUAUUUCAACUAAAAAUGGAAAGCUGGAUAAAGAAAGAACAAACCGACGCCCCAGGGGAUGUCGGCCGCUACACUGGGGAAUCAGAACUGAGAAUCAUCCUUGUUGGUAAAACUGGAGCUGGGAAAAGUGCAACAGGAAACACCAUCCUUGGCAAGAAAGUGUUUGAGUCCAGACUUGCAGCAAAGUCUGUAACUGCAAAAUGCAGUAAGGAGACAAGCAUCUGGAAUGAGAGGAAGGUGGUGGUGGUUGAUACUCCUGGCAUUUUUGACACACAUGUACCAAUGGAAGAAACUUGUCGAGAGAUCAGUCGCUGUAUUGUAGUCUCCUCCCCAGGGCCCCAUGCUAUCGUUCUAGUGGUGCCACUGAGCCGGUACACUGAGGAGGAAAAAAAAGCAGUCAAACGAAUAAAAGAUAUUUUUGGAGCUGGAUCCAUGAGGUACAUGAUCCUGUUAUUCACUCGGAAAGAUGAUUUAGAGGGUUCUCUGGUAUCCCAGUUCAUCGAACACUCAGAUAAUAAAGAUCUUAAGGGGCUAAUUCAGAAGUGUGGGAACCGAUAUUGUGCGUUCAGUAACAAAUCAACUGGAGCAGAAAUGGUUGAACAGGUUUCUGAGCUGAUUGAAAUGAUCCAGGAAAUGGUUCAGGAGAAUGGGGGCAGAUAUAUCAGAGAGAUAUAUUUAACUGAUCAAAACAUGAGAGGCCCUAUGGGAAUAAAUAAAACAGCCACAGUGAAGGCUGUGAAAGCAGGUUUUACAAAGCCGCAGUGA